UUUAGUUGCACCAAAAUCCACGAAUGUCGAAAGAUGGAAGCCAUCCGAAUUAUACGGUCCUAUUGCCAACGUACAACGAAAAAGAGAAUUUGCCUGUAUGUAUUUGGCUCAUCGAAAAAUAUAUGAGAAAGGCUGAAUUUUCUUAUGAGGUGGUUAUCAUCGAUGACAACAGCCCAGACGGAACAAUGGAUGUGGCUAGGAAACUAGAAGAUGAAUUUGGCAGCGAUAAAAUUAUUUUAAGGCCUAGAGCAAGGAAGUUAGGUCUUGGAACUGCUUACGCUCAUGGAUUGCAAUUUGCUCGAGGUGAUUAUGUAAUCCUGAUGGACGCUGAUCUAUCUCAUCAUCCAAAGUUCAUUCCUGAAAUGAUCAAAUUGCAGCAGCGUAAAAACUAUGAUAUUGUAACGGGCACACGUUAUGCUGGAGGCGGUGGUGUUUCGGGUUGGGAUCUCAGACGAAAAUUCGUCAGUCGUGGUGCUAACUUUUUAGCUCAGUUUCUGCUUCGACCCGGAGUUUCUGAUUUAACUGGUUCUUUUCGCCUGUAUCGUAAGGAUGUUCUGGCAAGGUUGAUUGCAGACAGCGUUUCAAAAGGAUAUGUAUUCCAGAUGGAAAUGAUGUUUCGUGCGAGCAAAUUAAAUUAUCGCAUAGGAGAAGUGCCGAUCUCGUUCGUGGAUCGUUUUUAUGGUGAAUCCAAACUUGGUGGUCAGGAAAUAGUUGAUUACAUCAAAGGAUUGUUAUAUCUGUUUAUUUUUGUUUGAUAGCUCUCCGUAUAUUCCUUCUGAAACAGUUUGACCGUCCAUCUUCCGCUGUGCCUAAAUACUCUUUAGGGUAAUUUUGAUGGAAGUUUUAUAUACUUGUGUUGUUUCCUCUCUGACACGACUUCGUAUUCCGCAUGGUUUACUUUUUCUCUCACCGAACCGUAUUCAUCUUUGUUAGAUUUUGAACUUUUUCCUUUCCUGGUUUAAUUUGCAAUGUUUUUUGGUUCGCUUCUUGGAUUUAUAUUCCUCAUUAUUUUUACCUACAGCGUUAUUUUUUAUAUGAACUGUGAGUGCUAAUCCAAAUACAUAUUUGUGGGAAGUAUUCCACUUCCACGUCCUCCGAAUAUAAAAUGGAUCUUUAUAUCACCGGCACCCAUCGCCGAGGAAUUCUGUUGGGGAAAUCGGCCAGCCAUCCAACAGCCAUUCUGCAAACCGUACUUUAUUUCCUGACAUACAGGGCAAGUCUGAGACUACUCGAAACUCAUGACUAUGGAAUAAGGCUUUAGAACCAAUAGAAGUUACCCCGUUAUUGAAUUUUCAUUUCAGGCGAAUUCCAUCUCAUUAAUUUAUUCGUAUUUUUAAAAUGGUUAAACAAUGUCUCAUCUGUAGAAAAUAAAAGAUUCACAUUUUAUAACAACUGAGGAUUCAAAACCGAAACAUUUCCUCUCCAGCAAUCAAUAAUGAGAUCAUCUUUUUUUUAAAAACAAGCAUGUGC